AUGGACGGAUAUUGGGAUGUUGUGGUGUCAUCCUUGCAAGACAUAUACAAUGCUAACGAGGUCAUUCCAUUCGAUGAUGACUUGCAAACGAAAAAACUAAACUUCCUUAAUAUGUCAAAGGAUCAGCUGCAAUUGCAUCUCACCACUUUUCAAGAACACAUGGAAAACGUCAACAGAGUGCACCGCAUCCUUGACAAUGUGCGUUCCAAUUUGUCCUUAAUGUUGAAUCAGCCACGAGAGGAAAAGAGUGAGGAAAAUGCUGAAGAUAUAGAAGAAGGAGAAGGGACGGGUAUGCCAUCGUCGCAAGGCAAAAAAGCUGUGGGGAAAGUUGGCAGAUCGUACUGGACCAGUGAGUACAAUCCAAAUGCACCUAUUUUGGUGGGCUCGGAGGUUGCUUAUAAACCCAGAAGGGGCAGUGCCGAUGGCGAAUGGAUACAAUGUGAAGUGCUCAAAAUAGUAGCAGAUGGUACACGGUUUGAAGUGAGAGACCCUGAACCUGAUGAAUUAGGCAAUUCAGGCAAGGUCUAUAAAUGUAAUUGGAAGGAAUUAUUGUUGAUCCCACCAGGAUUUCCCACCAAAAACUACCCGCCAGGUACUAAGGUUCUGGCAAGAUAUCCUGAAACUACUACUUUUUAUCCUGCAAUUGUCAUCGGAACCAAGAGAGACGGCACUUGCAGGCUUCGAUUUGACGGCGAAGAAGAAGUGGACAAGGAGACAGAAGUCACCCGCCGCCUAGUACUUCCUUCGCCAACGAUUUCGGCCAACCUAGCAAGGAAAUAG